CGGGCACAGGGCUGGAAGCACUUCACCAUCCGUUUCAUCCUCUCCUUUUGACGUCUCAAAACUUUUUUACCAUCUUGUCUUGCAUAUCUAAUGCUGAAAUAAGACGCGUUUUAACACAGAGUGCGCAUCUCGGGCGUCAUGGCAGAUCUAAUGUCGGUGAUCUUUCACCUGCACGAGAUGAAGAGAAAUUCAUUUGGAUAGAUCUAUUUUUAUAUUGCGAAGGACAGCGAGAAGACAUCAGAAAAAAACAAACAAACAAAAAAAAAACAUGGAGACGUUUACGAUUCACGAUAUGCUCAUCAACUCCACGGAUAUUUAUAAGAUAUUAUGCGGGCUGGGAAUCGGGAAUUUGUCGGAGUGCAAAAAUGACAAUAACUAUACGUCCGAGCCAAAAGACAUGAACCAGACGGUGAGGAUCGUGCUGUAUGUGCUCAUCUUCCUCCUGAGCUUCGUGGGAAACAGCCUGAUCAUCGCGGUCCUGGCGCGGAACCGGCGCAUGCGGACGGUAACGAACCUGUUCCUGCUGUCUCUGGCUGUGAGUGACCUGAUGCUCUGUGUGUUCUGCAUGCCCUUCACGCUCGUCCCGAACCUCAUGAAGGACUUCAUCUUCGGCUCCGGCAUGUGCAAGGUGGCCACGUACUUUAUGGGUAUUUCGGUGAGCGUGUCCACGUUCAACCUCGUGGCCAUCUCCCUGGAGCGCUACAGCGCCAUCUGCAACCCCUUUAAGUCCCGCACCUGGCAGACGAAGUCCCACGCCGCCAAAGUCAUCACAGCCACCUGGGUCGUGUCCUUUCUGCUCAUGCUGCCUUAUCCUAUAGGCAGCACCCUGGUGCCUUUCAUGCGCAAUAACAACAGCACUGGCAACAUGUGCCGCUUGGUUUGGCCCGGCGACGUCAUGCAGACCUGGUAUGUUUUCCUGUUGCUGAUACUCUUUCUCGUGCCUGGGAUCAUAAUGAUGACGGCGUAUGGUCUCACCUCACUCGAACUCUACAGGGGAAUCAAAUUUGAAAUGGCUAACAGGAAGUCAAACAGAGAGAAAGACUGCGGCCCAUCCAAUCUGAAAAAUGGUGACUGCGAUGGCUGCUACCUCCAGCCCUCCAAGAGAAAGCGUCCCGAACCCGCGACGCCGGGCUUCAGCAACCCGAAAUCCAAACUGAGAAGGGUCUGCAGCAACAGCCCUACAGCAAACCUCAUGGCCAAGAAGCGGGUCAUCCGCAUGCUGCUGGUCAUCGUGGGGCUGUUCUUCCUCUGCUGGACGCCCAUCUUCGUGGUUAACGCCUGGCGAGCCUUCGACAGACGCUCGGCCGAUCGUCUCCUCUCCGGAGCGCCCAUAUCCUUCAUCCACCUGCUGUCCUACACCUCGGCCUGCGUCAACCCCAUAGUCUACUGCUUCAUGAACAAGCGCUUCAGGCAGGGCGUGCUGGCGACGUUCAGCUGCUGCAGGGACGAUCCGGAUGAAGUGAGCAGGAGCAGCACCCGGAGGAGCGCCAGGGGAGCCGGGGGGCUGGGAACGCUGUUUGGAGGAAGCGCCGGGAGCGGACCGGCCGACGGUAACACGCAAAGCUCAGGAACGCUUACGAGGCUGACCGACACCAGCGUCCGUGGCUCGGCCCAAGCGUGAGUGUCGGCGUACAGAACGUUCGAAGCGUUCGGAGCGUUUAGAAAAACGGCUGCUAAAGGAAGGGAGAGACCCGUACCGGGGAUAAAUGAGAGCACAAGCAUGCAGACAAUGACUGCCAAUAGCAUUGAAAUGCUGAUAGAAUCCAGUGCUUCAUUUUAGUACGUCACUGUUAAAUAAACAGCAGCACCAAAUGGAGCUAGACUGUGGACUCCGGUCUUCAUUAGAGCUAUGACUUACAAACCUACACAGACUUUAUAAGCCAUAAAUAAGUUUUGUCCUUUUGGCUCUCCUAGGAGAGAGAGAGAGAGAGAGAGAGAGGAACUAAAUACUUCUUGGGAUUUUAUUUGUGUGUGUGUUCCUGUCAAAGCAAUCAUCCAGAUGUUUUGAGAACAUUCUAAUAUUGCUUUAACUGCACUACCAUUCAGAAGGUUGUUUGAGGUCGGAUUUCUUUUAUGGUUUUGAAAGAAGCCUCUUAUGCUCACCAAGGCCACAGGAAAACCAGUAACAUUGUGAAAAAGCAAAAAAAAAUCUUUUAAAUAAAAGCUUUAGAAUGCGUUUUAAAAAGUAAUUUUGUCCUGUGAUGGCAAAGCUGUCACACGAACCCGCAGACGUUUGAAGGGUAGCGUAAACAUCUGCCAUCACUUCUGAAUGUACGCUGACCUAUAUUUGAUAUUUUAUUCAUCACAUCCUCUUCAUUAACGGCUACACAGACAAUGCUGUUUGAUAAAUAUACGACACGCAUACUUAAAACCACUUUGGAUUCCUCGCCGAUGCUACAUAAACGUGAAUAUGCGUAAACCGUGUGCAAAACGCACCGACCGGUAAUUGUGUAAUCUCCAUAUGUUGAUGUGUAACAUGAACCGCUUUCUUCUAAGAAAGUCCACAGUGAUGUCUUUAUCUUGUUUGUUGGUUCAGCCUCACCGUUUGUGCACAGAGUCUGUUCUUAUCAUCGCAUGAGACUUUUCACACCUGUUGUGAAUUUCAAAGAACCCACUCAAGGCUGCUUCUGACAUCUGGGCUAUUUUCACCAGGACGCAUAGUCUGUUUGUUUGUAAUAUUUGUAUAUGCCUGAUUCACGUUGAGGUGAACAAGUUGACAUAAAAUAAUAGGAUGUUGCAAAGCUGUUGGGUUGACGCGCAUGUCCAUAUGCUCUGUACUGUAUUACUGUAUAAUACAUUGACACAUUAAA